AUUCAUUGCAUUGCUUCCGAAAAGCUUGUGCUCUGCUCGUGCCUCACUUGAGUCUUAGGUUUCAUCAUCUCUCUGUCUCAUUUUCGCGUUCAGUUUUGAAGAAAUUGGAAAAAUGACGAAGCAGUACCCAACUGUUAGCGAGGAAUACAAGAAGGCGGUAGAGAAAUGCACUAGGAAACUCAGGGGCUUCAUUGCCGAGAAGCACUGCGCUCCUAUAAUGAUUCGUAUCGCAUGGCAUUCUGCUGGAACUUUUGAUUGGAAGACAAAAACCGGAGGCCCAUUCGGUACCAUGAGGUGCCCAGCAGAGCAGGCUCACGGGGCCAACAGUGGGCUUGAUAUUGCUGUCAAUUUUUUGGAGCCAUUCAAGCAGCAGUUUCCUAUCAUCUCCUACGCUGACCUGUAUCAGCUUGCUGGUGUUGUUGCCACUUGGGUUACCGGAGGUCCGGAAAUUCCUUUCCAUCCUGGAAGAGAGGAUAAACCUGAGCCACCUCCGGAGGGCCGUUUACCUGAUGCCACUAAAGGUGCUGACCACUUGAGGCAGGUGUUUGGUGUGCAAAUGGGUCUCACCGACAAGGACAUUGUUGCUUUAUCCGGUGCCCACACCUUGGGAAAGUGCCACAAGGAAAGGUCUGGUUUUGAGGGCCGUUGGACUGAAAAUCAUCUCAUAUUCGAUAACUCUUACUUCAAGGAGCUCUUGAGCGGAGAGAAGGAAGGCCUCCUACAGCUACCAUCUGACAAAUGUCUUGUAUCAGACUCUGCAUUCCGCGCUUAUGUUGAAAAAUAUGCUGCAGAUGAGGAUGCUUUCUUUGCCGACUAUACUGAGGCUUUUAUUAAGCUCUCUGAGCUGGGAUUUGCUGACGCUUAACUUUACAGAAAGAUAUUAUUCAAAAGCUCCCCCUCCUUUUUUGGUGCUCAGCACAGAUUGGAUCCUCUACAGAUUGAGUUUGUUCUUUUGUGUUUGGAGGUUCAUAAUGAACUUUUGGGGGUUGGACUUUUUUAGCUUUAAAUUUGUUGGCGAUUAGAUGUGCAGAAAGAUGUUUGGUUAAAUGCCAUGGAUGGAUUGAUGUGUUUUACUUUAAAUAAUCAAAUUCCCUGAGCGUUUAAUAUACCUA